AUGGACGGCCACCUGCAUCCGCAGCAGCCGGGCGUCGCGGCGACCUCCUCUUUCGGCAGCCCUUUCCGCACUAUGACGGCUUGCGAUAGCCAGGGGUCUUGCGUGGCGCCGGUUGCUGCCGCCGACUCUCUGGCCCUUCGUUUGUCGGCGGCGCAGUUGUCGAACGGCAGCAGCCGCAACACAGCAGGCAGAGCGCCUUGUCUGCUGCCGCCUCCCGCCUCCACCGCUGCUGCUGCACUGCAUUGGGGUGGGCCCACGGCGGCAACAAGAAGUGGCGGCGCGCAGCUGCAAGGGCCAGCAGCCGGCGGCGCCAGUUUUGGGGGACCCUGGGGGCCGGCAGCAACGGCAUCUGCUGCUGCAACUGCCACUACCGGUUUCCCCGCCUCUACGACGGCGACAACAGCAGCUACUGCAACAGCUGCAACGGCAACUGCAACUGCCACUACCGGUUUUCCCGCCCUCCACCCCAACGCGUAUACCAAUGCUCGCCAGCAGCAUCGGGACUUCAGGUGUACCCCCCCCGAGGCGACGAAUGCUUCGCGCGCAGCGGCUGCAGGAGAAGAAGAAGAUGCUGCCUCCUCCUUUCUCGCCGCUUCCAGCAGCAGCCGGCCGUCUUUCCCCGGCUCCGCCGCGAGCCCGGCCAUCCAGCAGCAGCCCAUGAGCGUCGCGUACGAUCUGCCGUGUGCGGGCGGAGUGGGCGCUGUGGCCCCUCUCGUCGCAUCGGGUGUACAGGCAGGUUAUGUUCGUUUUCUUGUCGAGGGACAAUCGCCGGAGCGCAUGCGCAAGUCCCCAGCCGUCGUCGAUCUGCAAGCCCCCCCUGGCUACGAAUAUGUAGACCUGUCUGUCGUUUCUCCUAGCCUCGAGGCGCGCCCUGCUGCGGAGCAGGAGCUGCUGAUUCAAGAGUUCACUGCUCGCUCGGCAAUAGGAGUGGGGGGCGGCGGACCUGCUGCAGGGGGGGCGGCGGCCUCCAGCAUACCAGCUGGGCUCUGUGUCCAUUCGCCUUCGCCGCAAGCCCCUGAUGACUUAGGGAAAAGAAGGUCGGCGACUUUAUCUCCUCCCACGCAAACUAUGCGCGACAAGACGACUGGAAGGAAAACAAAAAGUCAUCAGUCAGCGUUCGACCCGCCUUCUCCCGUAGACUCAGCAGCCUCAGCCCCCUCAAUGAGCUUUUCCGCAGAAGGGGGACGCGAGGGGAUUGUCUCUGUACCUCGGGCCGAUACCUUGGAAAACAAAACAGGAAACAAUUUGCUGCAGGUGGAUGGUGGGACUUUGUCGAUUCAGAAGUUGCAGGGGGAGGUGCAGUCGUUUGUCAGUAUAAUGUACGACUCGGUUUUCAACACAAGUCCCACAUGGCAGGUGCCGCUGUACGCGUCGUCAGGUCGAGGUCUCCAUACACUGCAGCUGUCGGACGUCGUCAUCUCGAUGCACUCCCCCUGGUGCACGAGGAAGCAGUGGCUAGACCCGCAGCUUUUUGGGGGCCGGCCUCUUGAACAUCCCCUGUUUGAUCAGGGCUCGGGACACGCAGAUGCGCUGAGACAGCUCACAGCUCUCAAGGCCUGCAUAGGCGACUUCGCCGUCACUGUGGAGUGCGUGCAGGCGUGUGUAGCGGGUGCUGGCCGGUUGUCUUGUGCGCUAAGAGGUACGCUGGUUGCACCUGGCAUCUCCUCCUGCGAUACCGAUGUUUCGAGUGAGGCAGGCAGGGAGGGGGCAAGGCCCCCACAGGCCCCCAAGGUGGGCCGCUUCGCCCACUUUCUUACACUUAUCCCGAAACCCUUGACGGAUGAGCAGCCCGCAGACUCCGCAGUUGAAGGACCGAGGAAGAAUGUCGCAGUCGACUCGCGUCCCUGGCUGUUGGUUGCUCGUCGUCUGUACUUUUUGAUUGAAUCGGAGAUGUUUUUGGCGAUCAAUGCACCUGAAGGAGGGGGAGGAGCAGCAGCAGCUGCUGCUGCUGCUGUUGCUGCUCCAUCUUCUCCGCAGGUUGUUGGCGGGCAGGCGCUAUUAUACGAUGGAGAUUUAUCAUUGGGAGUUCCCAAGGGGCCGGAGGCCCCCCUGCGCCUGCAGACAGGAAGGAAUGCAAUGCACGUGGGGUCCCUGCAAGAGCUAGCAGACCCCCGCGCGACAGCAAAGAGGACUCCACCUCUUAACAGUCUGUCGCUAGUGCUGAAGUCAGCCAUCGCCUUAGGGCACGACAGAGCGGUUUCUCUCUCGGGAAAGACCCGGGGGACGGCUGCUUCCCUCCCCUCUCGCGGCGACAUCUCCACAAGCGCUGAUUGCAUGGAGGCAGCUGUGGCGCAGCUCGCGACGGGGCUGCUGGCAGACUCCCCAACAAGGAGUCCGCAGCAGAUGGUCACAGACGCCGCUUCGUGGACUGCGCUUUUGCAGAACCCGGCGCAGCGCCAGCGGCGGAGUCGCAAGAAGAAGAAAUCCGCUCGACAAGGAGGCGCGAAUGCCUCCUCCGCAGACCCAGACACUUCUCAAUUUCUCGCCGGGAACGGCUUGACUUCUGCUGCUGCCGCCCAAUCGGCUUCCUUUCAGCUGCAAGGGGUUCUCCAGCAGCAGCAGUACGAACAGAAAUGCCUGCAGGACAGGCGAGACGACCUCCUCAGUAUCAGCCCUCUCGCUUCCAAAGGCAUUCUGGCUCUCCCUGCUUCGCAAGGAGUUCCCCCCGAUGCAUUCGAACGCGCAGUCUUCGUCUCCUGGAUCCCCAGAGCAGCCCGUGCCCAGGAAUACAGAGACAAGGAGGAAGCAGAGAACAGACUGAAAUCGGUUCUUUCGAACAAGAUGGGCAUACGCGGGAUUGAACGCGUUUCAGUGUUUCCUCCUCGGGGGUCUCAUUGCUGCAUAACCUUUUACAAUUCCGAGGCGUCGACGGCGUUUUUGUUGGCGUAUGCGGGAGGCACGUUUACCGCGAAAACGGAGUUGUUUAAACAGCGCAUCUGUGCUUCCUUCAAUGUUGACGUUGACAGAGGCAUUCAAAGAGUUUUCAUUCGUAUUGAAGGAGUGAAGCUGAUGCCGCCGACAGGUCGCGCCGUCGAUCCGGAGCCAAAGUCUUAA